AUGGUGCACCGAACACCGGACGCAGGAGCUGGUGCGGGUGCUGGUGCUCUGGAUGCUAUUCCCUUUGCCUCUUCGGUGGCCCUCGCUGUUGCUGUCGUGUGGGUGGCAUAUCGGGUGUGGAUCGUGGUCUACAACCUCUACUUUAGCCCCCUGUCGAGAUUCCCCGGCCCAAAGAUUGCAGCCUGCACCAACCUGCUGAGUCUAUACUGGACCUCAACGGGGCAGAAUCACUACAGGAUCAAGGAGCUCCAUGAUCGAUAUGGAGACGUCGUGCGCAUAGGGCCCACCGCGCUCGUGUAUCGGAGCGCGAAGGCAUGGACGGAUAUCUAUGGGCAACGCAAGUCUGGAGACAGGCCAUUUCUGAAAGAUCCCAAGUUCUACAUGAGUGGACCGAAUGGACCGAAUCUGCUGAAUGCCGACGAAGCCGACCACGCGAGAGGAAGACGACUGCUUUCUCAUGCAUUCUCUGAACGCGCAUUGAGAGAUCAAGAGGGCCUGAUUGGGUCGUAUGUCGACCUGCUGGUGGACCGACUGAAGGGAGAAAUCGCAGCGUCAAGGGAAACCGUCGAUAUGACCCGUUGGUACAACUUCACCACAUUUGACAUCAUCGGAGACCUUGCUUUUGGCGAGCCGUUCGACUGCCUGCGCGAAAGCCAAUAUCACCCCUGGGUCGAAAUGGUCUUCGUGAGCACGAAGGUCUCGGCGCUACGGCGACCGCUGCUGGUGUAUCCGUUCCUGGCCCCGAUCGUGCAGAGGCUCCUCCCACAAAGGCUCGCUAGAAUGCGAGAAGCGCACUUUGCGCUGAGCGCAGAGAAGGUCCAUCGGCGGUUGGAGACGAAGACCGAACGGCCCGAUUUCAUGACCUAUGUCUUGCGCUUCAACGAUGACCGGUCCAUGAGUGCGCGAGAGAUGGAGUCCAACGCAGCGCUCUUGAUUAUGGCAGGGAGCGAGACAACCGCGACGCUGCUCUCUGGCUUCACCUAUUAUAGUCUCGCAAACCCCACGGUCUACCGGAAACUGGUAGACGAAGUCCGAGGGUCGUUUAAUUCCUACGAGGAGAUCAAUUUCCUCCGUACGAGCCAACUGGCCUAUCUGAACGCAGCCCUGGAGGAAACUCUGCGGUUCUACCCACCUGUUCCAGCCACAACGCCUCGCAUAGUCCCGAAAGGAGGUGCGGUCAUCGACGGCCAAUUUAUUCCAGAGGGAAUGUCCGUGUCUGGACAUCAUUAUUCCACCUACCGCGCCGAGUCUCACUUCACUGAUGCAGACCUGUUUAUUCCGGAGCGAUGGCUGGACGGUCGAGACAAGCGCUUCGAGUCCGACAACCGGUCGGUUCUUCAUACGUUCUCGCUUGGGCCACGAAACUGUCUGGGACAAAACCUUGCCUAUGCCGAAAUGCGGCUCAUUGCGGCCAAACUGUUAUGGAGUUUUGAUAUGGCCAUGGAGGAAAGCUCUGCGGGCUGGGAUAUCCAGAAAGCGUUCAACUUUUGGGAAAAAAAUCCCCUGAUGGUGAAGUUAUCGCCCGCGCAACAUUGA